UUGUGGUGCCCAAGGGCAGAAGGAACCUUUAGUGUCUGAAGGAACUUGGAGGAAAUGCAGAUUCCUGGGCCCACUCCCAGAGUUUCUGCUUGUGUAUGGUUGAGACCCGACCUAGGAAGCUGCAUUUUCAUAAGCACUUGUGGUAAGGAUUAUGUUCCUUGGCCAUCACUGUGGGAAACACUGUUAGGCUGGUUCAGAGUUUGCUGGAGCCACUGUGGUGAUUGAGAUAGCUCCUGACCCAGCCUGGGAGUCAGGGAGGGCUUCCUGCUGGAGAGGGGAUUGGAGCUGAGACCUGGAGGACGACAGGGUAUGAGCUGAGGGGAGAAAACCUUGGCUGUAUCCCCAGUGUCUAGAACCCCAUUCCAUGGCAUCUCCCAUUAAAUUCACAAGCAGUCCCUGAAGAUACAAGAUUGAUUAAAAUGGCUCUGCCCUCACGGGCUCCUGGUCUGUCAAAUAAUCAACAGAUCACACAGAUGGUAACAGGGAGUGCCAGACACUGUUUGAAGCACCUUACAUGCAUUAAAUAAUUUAAUUCAACAACAACCCUAUAAGGUAGGAGCUCUUAUUAUCCCACUUUACUGAUGGGGGAAGGCCCAGAGAGGGCAAGUGCUUUGCCCAAGGACACACCAAGGAUAAAGGCAGCUGGAAUCUGAACCCAGAAGUACCCAGCCUGCAGCAUGUGCCAUGCUUAAGGUGUGAGGCCGCAUUUGGGUUAGUUCUGGGAGGAAACAGGAGGUGGUCAGGGAAGGGCAGCUGGGUAAGGGGAAGGAGGAUGUAUGUUUCUGUCCUUCAUAGUGGGAUCCUAGACAAGCCUCAGUUUCAUCCUCUGUAUAAUGGGGAUGGUUAUAAUACCCACCAGAGAGCAGAAUUUAAGGUGAGUCAGUCAUUGGGUUAGUAAGUGUGCAUGGUCCUUAUCUAAGGCAAAACGCCUUUGAGAGACAGUGGGAGAGGGAGUCUGGAUGCCCCAGGGGGAACUGGGGUGCCGCAGUGUGCACUGUAGAGAUUUCAUUGCUUGGUUCCCCAGAGGGCUUCUCUGUCUCUACAUUCUAUGGGGACGAUGUGGAAGGCUUUGGUCUGUAUUCUGGGGCAGUGAAGGGGGGGUUCUAUCCAGCCUCAAUUCACCCACCUGGUGGGGAGGUGAGGUCAGAAUGGGGUCAGGAAGGGAGUCAUCCAGGCCAGGCCACGUGUGUGAAUGUGGGGCGGAGGUCUGCUGCAGGGGAGAGCCCAGCUAGGGUAUGGCUGGGCUGGAAUAAUGUGUUGGUGGUGGUGGGGAGCUGCAGUGUGGGGAAACAGCCAUCAGGUGGGGGCUGCCAAGGCCAGUGAUUUGCCCACGUCUGGUAUGGGAGGUAAUGAUGUAGAUUUGUCUUUGGUGAGCCCAGCGUGGAGAGUUUUCAGCUCCGGCCCCCGGGUAAGAGCUGUGAAAUCUGUGAGCUAUCCGGGGAGAGCCAUUUGGGAGGUGGAGCCAGGGGUGGUGAUGUAACGCUGGAAAGGAAAGGGGUCAUCCUAGUGAAUGAUGAGAGGGAGAGAGCUGGGGGCUGAAACACUGAGUGUAAGUGUGCCGGCGCCAUGAUGUCAUGAGGCCCGAGAACUGGGUCAGGUGUGUGGGCCAGGAUGGGGCCUGGGGGGCAGCCGCAUAGUGCUCGCAGGGAUGGGGUGGUGACGUCAUGGGUUGGUGAGGGCGGGGCUUCGAAGGCACCGCUGGGAUGCGUGAGGUCAGGAAGGAGGGAGAGGCUGAGAAGAGGAGCUGGGAGGGGCUCAGGACUGGAAUGAAAUCAGCCACCAGGAUGAGCCAGUGGUCAUUCCGAAGCAAGGAUGGAGGAUGCAGCAACCCUGGCCAUGGACCAGCCGGCCGGCCUGCAGGUGGACUACGUCUUCCGGGGUGUGGAGCAUGCCGUGCGGGUGAUGGUUUCUGGGCAGGUGCUGGAGCUGGAGGUGGAGGACCGGAUGACGGCUGACCAGUGGCGGGGCGAGUUUGAUGCUGGCUUCAUUGAAGAUUUGACUCACAAGACAGGGAACUUCAAACAGUUCAACAUCUUCUGUCAUAUGCUGGAGUCAGCCCUCACUCAGAGUAGUGAGUCAGUCACCCUGGACCUGCUGACCUACACAGACCUGGAGUCCCUGCGGAACCGCAAGAUGGGGGGCCGCCCAGGCUCCCUGGCUCCCAGAUCGGCCCAGCUCAACUCCAAGCGCUACCUGAUCCUCAUCUACUCCGUGGAGUUUGACAGGAUUCACUACCCGCUGCCCCUCCCAUACCAGGGCAAGCCAGACCCUGUGGUUCUGCAGGGCAUCAUCCGGUCACUGAAGGAGGAACUGGGCCGCCUGCAAGGGCUGGACGGCCAGAACCCUCGGGACACCCGGGAGAAUGAGAUCUGGCACCUGCGGCAGCAGGUGUCGCGCCUGGCGUCCGAGAAACGGGAGCUGGAGGCGCAGCUGGGCCGAUCGCGCGAGGAGGCGCUGGCCGGGCGCGCGGCGCGCCAGGAGGUCGAGGCGCUGCGCGGGCUAGUGCGCGGGCUGGAGCUGGAGCUGCGGCAGGAGCGCGGCCUCGGGCAAAGGGUGGCCGGCCGUCGCGGCCAGGACUGCCGCCGUCUGGCCAAGGAGCUCGAGGAGGCGAAGGCAUCGGAGCAGAGUCUGCGCGCCCGGCUGAAGACGCUGACCAGCGAGCUGGCAUUGUACAAGAGGGGGAGGCGGACUCCGCCGGUGCAGCCGCCCCCGGCGCGGGAGGACCGGGCCUCAUCUUCCCGGGAGCGCUCCACGUCGCGAGGCCGCGGCGCCGCGCGCUCCUCAUCCCGGGAGAGUGGCCGCGGGAGCCGGGGUCGGGGCCGCCCUGCGCUCCCCUCGCCCUCGCCCACAGGUGGUCGCGCGCUCCGCUUCGACCCCACGGCCUUUGUGAAAGCCAAGGAAAGGAAGCAGAGAGAGAUCCAGAUGAAGCAGCAGCAGCGGAACCGAUUAGGCAGUGGGGGAAGCGGGGACGGUCCGUCUGUCUCCUGGUCUCGCCAGACCCGGCCCCCUGCUGCCGUGACUGGCCGAGGGGACGCCCCUAACCGCUCCCGAAACCGCAGCUCCUCAGUGGACAGUUUCCGCAGCCGCUGCUCGUCUGCCAGCUCCUGCAGCGAUUUGGAGGAUUUCUCUGAGUCGCUCUCCAGAGGGGGUCGCCGCCGCCGUGGGAAGCCUCCCAGCCCAACGCCCUGGAGUGGGUCCAAUAUGAAGUCUACCCCCGUGGAACACAGCCACCAUCAGAAAUCUCUGGCCAACUCCGGGGGCUGGGUCCCCAUCAAAGAGUACAGCUCGGACCACCAGGCGGCUGACAUGGCCGAAAUAGACGCACGCCUGAAGGCCUUGCAGGAGUACAUGAACCGACUGGACAUGCGGUCAUGACGUGGAGAAGGGGUACUGCCCCUCCAUCCCCCACCCACUUGCUGGGUAUGGUGUGGGGGUUGGGGCAAGGGUGGCCUCCAGCCCUGUCCAGGUGCUGCCCUGGCCCCGCCCCUCCUGCUGCCCCUGGGGUCUCAGGUGUGUGAGGCCCUGACCUGCCCUCUCCCCAGGCAGUGCAUGCUGGGAGGGGGGAUGUGUGCAUUUUGUAAAUAAACAUAUUUGCCCUGGGGA